AUGCGUCCAUACCCAGAGAGUGUUGAGGUGUGUCCAUACCCAGAGAGUGUUGAGGUGCGUCCAUACCCAGAGAGAGUUGAGGUGAGUCCAUGCCUAGAAAGUGUUGAGAUGCGUCCAUACCCAGAGAGUGUUGAGGUGUGUCCAUACCCAGAGAGUGUUGAGGUGCGUCCAUACCCAGAGAGUGUUGAGGUGCGUCCAUACCCAGAGAGAGUUGAGGUGUGCCCAUACCCAGAGAGUGUUGAGGUGCGUCCAUGCCUAGAAGUGUUGAGAUACGUCCAUACCCAGAGAGAGUUGAGGUGUGCCCAUACCCAGAGAGUGUUGAGAACCGACAUCAGAGACCGGGAGCUGGAAGAGGAGGAGAGGGAAGAGGUGUUGGGGUCUGAUGAUGAGGAACAAGAGGACCCAUUCGACUAUUGUAAAGGUGGCUAUCAUCCUGUGAAGAUAGGCGACCUCUUCUACAACAGAUACCAUGUGAUCCGCAAACUGGGCUGGGGUCACUUCUCCACCGUCUGGCUCUGCUGGGACCUUCAAGCCAAGCGGUUUGUAGCACUCAAGGUAGUGAAGAGUGCCUCCCACUACACAGAGACAGCCCUAGAUGAAAUAAAGUUACUCAAAUGUGUUCGAGAAUCCGACGAGAACGACCCAAAGAGAGAUAAAACAGUUCAGCUAUUAGAUGACUUCAAGAUCAGUGGUGUGAAUGGAACGCAUGUGUGUAUGGUGUUUGAGGUGCUGGGCCACAACCUUCUUAAGUUUAUCAUCCGCUCCAACUACCAGGGAAUCCCCCUCGCCAACGUAAAGAAUAUUAUCCGUCAGGUACUGGAAGCAUUGGACUACCUACAUACAAAAUGUCAGAUAAUCCAUACAGACAUUAAACCUGAGAACAUCCUCAUGUGUGUAGAUGAGACAUACAUCAGGAAACUUGCUUAUGAGGCAACACAGUGGCAGAAGAUGGGGCUCAAACUGCCAGGUUCUCUAGUGAGCACAGCACCAAAGCAUUACUCCCAGCCAGAUCCCAAUGCCAAGAUGUCAAAAAAUAAGAAGAAAAAGUUGAAGAAAAAGCAGAAGGCAAAGCAAGCACUUCUUGAAACCCAAAUGAAGGAAUUGGAGGAGAUGGAGGAGAAGGAGGCACGGCAGGCCCUUGAGGCGUGUGACAUAGCGACAGCUAACACAUCAGUUCUAAGUAAUGACUCAAGUAUAGAGGAGACCUGCAUGACACCACAAACUAAUGGGCAGCAACUGGAGAAGCAGAAGAGCAUUGAGGAGGUGCCUUUGAAGCUUCAAGACCAACCCCUACCACAGCUUCAGGAGCCUGAGUCAACACCCACCCAGCCACAACCACCGGCACUCAUACCUCAACCGCAGCCUUGUCUCAUCACUCCUAACCUCACCUUAGAGGAAGAGGCUCAGCAGAAACUUGAACACCGCAAGAGUCUGGCAGAGAUGUGUGAAGGAGAUGUGCGGCCGGGUGGGGCGGUGGGCCUCUCACUAGACCCACUCAUGAAUGGCCACGACAGCCCCCGCCCCACGCUGGGCCGCUCAGAGUCUGAGAUAACUCCAGAUAUGAGGCUUCCCCCUGAGGAUGAAGAUGGUGACGACGUAGGUGCCAACUUCAGUAACUUCAGUGGAGGCAGCAGCAGUAGUGGGAGUGGCAUGCGAAGAGUUGCCUCCUGCCCCGACCAUAAAGCCAUAGAGCGUGUUCCUGAUCCUGUCCACGAGGUGUGCGACAUGAGAGUUAAAAUUGCCGACCUGGGCAAUGCCUGCUGGGUGGACCAUCACUUCACAGAAGACAUUCAAACCCGGCAGUAUCGAUGCCUAGAGGUGCUGUUAGGAGCUGGUUAUGGGGCCCCUGCAGAUGUGUGGAGUACUGCUUGUAUGGCUUUUGAGUUAGCAACUGGAGACUACUUGUUCGAGCCACAUAGUGGGGCCGACUACUCACGGGAUGAGGACCACUUAGCACACAUCAUUGAACUUUUGGGAAAAAUUCCACGCCAUAUAGCUCAGUCUGGCAAAUACUCAAAGGAAUUCUUUGAUAAAAAGGGAGACCUGAAGCAUAUCACAAAGCUCCGUCCGUGGGGCAUGUUUGAGGUGCUGACGGAGAAAUACGAGUGGCCAGAAGAAGAGGCUCGUGCUUUUAGUGAUUUCCUCAAUCCCAUGCUGGCAUUUGACACAUCAGAGCGAGCCACCGCUGGAGAGUCCCUCAAACACCCAUGGCUUAAUUCAUGAACACGGGAAGAGCCAAAACUGCUCCCUCAGCCCUCUCUCUGGUAGAAAGUCAGUUUGUCUGAUUGGGCCAACUCACCCAAGCAGGAGAACCGCAUGGUAUCAGGGAGCAGUAACCCGACCUCUCACUUGACCAUUCACACAUAUGCACUUGAUGGUGAUCAGAAUCAGGGCAGAUACCAAAGAUGUCUCCAUAGAAUGACAACUGUUAAAGAAAUGUUCCAGAUCAGCUCACCUGGUCCUUAGCCAGUGUAGUGUCACCAUAGCACAUGAGUGGUCAGAUGAGGCAAGGGUUGAGGGUGGGCAGUGCACAUACCAGGGUUCGCCUUGGGGGUCACCGGAGGCCCUAUUCUUGACCAGAAGUGCUUUUGACUCUUGUUUAUAAAGGAUGGAUUUUUAGUUUGGUUCAUUCAGCUCUGAUGAUGCCAAGAGACUGAUUGGAGGAACCAGUAAUCUCUGUGCAAGUGUCUUAGUAUGAUGAUGACUGUGUCCAGUGGUUCUGACGUGAGUGUACAUAAAGACAGAUGGUUGCUAAUCCUCUCAAUGUCCAUGAUAGUACAUAUUGCUGAGAGGGGACAUUUGGAGGAAUCAUAUGUUCUUUUGCUGAUUUAACUGCUCAAACCACAAAUAUUUGUAAGAGGAAGCAGAGAUCCUAUGAAUUAUCCUGCAUGAGAAGUGACUAUUCAACCCUAUUCCACCAGCACUACUGCAGAACUUGGGAUAGUAAUGGUACCAAGGACCACAUGCCCUGAUGACCUGCGGUGUUGUGUCAUCGUGCACAACGGGAUGGCUCUUUUCUAAACAUUCAUUUUAAUAGUUAUGUAAAUAUUGCACCACUCAAUGAAGUUGGUUUCCCAUCAGCCCUGAAAUAUAAAACGUUGGCUUUACAAGAUAUCGACAGAGCAAUUUGGUAGUUUUCCGUAGGUUGGAACACAGAAACUGCAACUCUUCAAGUCACCAUUGAAAAGUUUUGGUUUCUCUUCAUAUAUAUAUAUAUUCAUUUAUUAUCAUAGUUUACUUGCUUAUUUCUUGAAAUUGUAUACCAUAUAUUUGAGGUGUAAAUGAAAAUGGUUUUGCCACUGGAGAGAGAGAGCGAGAGCGAGCAGUCAUUUGCAGAAGAUAGAUGCAUCAUUUUAUUCUCUUUCUGUUUAAUGAAAGGGAGAUGAUCCUUUUAUGGUACUAAAUGCAUUUUUUUCCUCUUUUUUUUUAAAGUGAAUUGAAGAUGCAGUGUUGAUAUGUACCAACUGUGGAAAUGCAAAUAAAACAACAGGGCUGGUGUUAUAUAACAUACAAUUAGCCUUGUAGCCUGAUUGCAAUAUUUUGUCCAUCAUUAAAAUUGUAUACUAAAUGCAGGCCCUCCUAGAAGUCAGUAGAACCCUGUCCAGCUGGCUGUAUACCAAGUACAAUCCCCCUCCCUUCUCCUCCUUCCCCCUUGCUCUCCCACCUUCUCAAUAAAGCUCCCUGUUACCCCUCCCCCCCCCACUGUUUCAUGAUUCAUCUUGAACAGUGAUGUUACAUCCCCUUUACUUUAUUGAGGCUACUAGGCACUGUGUUUUUCUGUAUAUUUAGCCACAUCUGUAAGAUGUCAUACAUAUGCAUCAGUGAUUAUGAAUAUAAUUUAUUUUUACUCCAUUUUAGAGAUGCACCUUUGUUUUGUAGGUUAUCUUUCAUUGUGACAUAAUUGUAGAGUUCAUUUAUGUCUCCCCCUUGUGACUCUGUUCCACCAGCCAAUAGUGUUAUCGACGGCAAGUAAUGUGACACCACCUCCUGCUCUCCCUGUUUGGCUUCCAAUAUGCUACUUCUGUGCACCAGAUUUACUUUACAAAUACCUGUGCACCAGGUUUACUACAUGGAUGCCUGUGCACCAGGUUUACUUCAUGGAUGCCUGUGCACUAGGUUUACUACAUGGGUUCCUGUGCACCAGGUUUACUACAUGGGUUCCUGUGCACCAGGUUUGCUCUGGAUGCUUGUGCAGCAGAUUUACUACAUGGGUUCCUGUGCACCAGGUUUACUGCAUGGGUUCCUGUGCACCAGGUUCACCACACUGGUUCCAGUGACAAUGAUGGCAUCACAAGUCAGGAUCCUCCGUAUGAGGCAUGUAUGUAAAUCAGCGUCAAGCAGGGGUGCAGGAUGUAGGUGAGCAAACAAGUGGGUCGGGUGGCCUCAACCCUGCUUAUGGAACGUCUCCCAUAAUCAGGCUAACAUUGUCUUAUAUUAAGAUGCCUCUAACCUUGCCAAGGGUGCAGUAGGCCAACAAAUUUUGUACGACAUACUAAGAAUUUGGGCCUCGCUGCUGUGGUAGACUUGUCCGAUCCUCUGUAUAGCAGGCAUAAUGAUACGAUACUCUUGAUAGUAAAGGUGAAGCACACCAGGUCUGUGUUUAAUUUUCUACCAAAAUGGAAUAGAUCAUUUUUGCAGAACAGUUAUUGAAAGAAAAUGUUCUAAGGAAUUUGUUAGAAAUCAUGCACUUUUAAUUUCUUUAGUUAUGUAUAAUCUUAAUAUUUGGCUGAUAUUAUUUUAUAUUAUUUGACGAUCAUACCAAUAUGCUGACUGAUUUUAUAAAGUAUCUUUAAAACUUAUCUGUUUUUAUGUAUGUUCAAACAAUAUAAGAAAAGGCAAUCCUGUUCUGUACAUUAUUAUUCCCAAAAAUGUCAAAAGUAUUUUAACUUUUUCUGUUUUACCUUGUAUAGUUACUCAACUUGUAUUGGAGGCAGUUUCUACUACGAUAUACUGUACUGUAUAUGUUUUUAAGUUAUUUACACAUUUUCUGCUUUUAAAAAAUGACAUUUGAUUUUGCAAACAUUCAAGGGAUGUUGAAGCCCAGAAUCACUGUCUUGUCUCAAUCAACAUAACAUGGUGAUGAAAUGAUGGACUUAUUAAAGUUACUCCUCACUGUCCAUAUAUAAGAAGUUUUGUUUUUAAGAUAAAAGCCUUCUGGAUACAAAGGUAAUAUGGUUGUCAGUUGUGGUCCCUGUUUGCUGGGUGUAGAGUGGACAUCAAUUGUAUCACUUGGUACUGUAUGGCGAGGCAAGUGAGUUCUUAACAAUUAAAUGGGAAAUAUU